AUGAACUAUAAAUUCUAUGGGGAGAAUAGUGCACUAUUUCUACAGUACUUGACUGCAACUGCUGUAGUCUCAUACAAGUUGUCUCAGAAGAAGGAGACCGAUGCGUCAUUUCGGGUGUUCAUCAACGGCAGAGACAGCACAGACGCAUUCGAAUUCUACGCCAUUUCAUUGCAGAAUGAGGUUAUGAAUUGCCAGAUAUUCGUAGAGACACUCUCGGAGCAGACGACUGAGUUGUACGAGAUUGUGAUAAAGGGAAUAGGAAUGCUACUCCAUAGAAGUGGACUGGUGCCCAGGGAAGCUGUCUUCUUUGCGAUCUACAAAAAUGGGCUAUUUCUGGUACUGAAUUCACAGGGUGAAGUUGUAAAAUGCAUUUCAGGGGGAGAGAAGCAGCCUGUGGAAUUCAGGGAGGAAUUGGAUGAGUUUUAUGCACAAAUAGUUUAG